GCCUAGUUUACGAAGCCCACGUCGUCUUCAGAUUCCACCCUUUUUUUCUCUCUCCACCCUCUUGUCACACUCACACAAAGGAGGAGCUCGAUGCCGGGGAUCUCGACGGCGGCGGCGGGGGGCAUGCUGCGGGCGCGGCUCCGGGCGGCGUCGCUCCGCCUGCGCGGGGGAGGAGGGGACGGCGCGGGGCGGUGGACGACGCCCGGGCACGAGGAGCGGCCCAAGGGGCACCUCUUCAACCGGCCGCCGCCGCCGCCGGGGGAGUCGCGGAAGUGGGAGGACUGGGAGCUGCCCUGCUACGUCACCUCCUUCCUCACCGUCGUCAUCCUCGGCGUCGGCCUCAACGCCAAGCCCGACCUCACCCUCGAGACCUGGGCGCACCAGAAGGCCCUCGAGCGCCUCCAGGAGAAGGAGCUCGCCGCCGUGGGCGAUGCCGAUGCCGAGUGAUCCGCUGCUCAGGUUCCCAAACUUCAGAAUUUUCUGCUAAAACAGUUUGUAACUUUGUUAUGUGUAAUCCCAUAAGUGGAUUGGGUGAACCUCAGACAGAUGAAAACUGUAUCCCUGCUGCUGUUCAUCUGGCUAACUUACAGCAUGAGUCAUGAUUUGUACCUUCAUUGUUUGCAUGAUGGUGAACAUGUUAUACAUUUUGGGUGGUUUGCGGACGGAUUUUUUUGCAUA